CGUGGACAACUGCAUCAUUACAAACUCCUGAGAGCAACUCCCCCUCCAGAAGCACCACCGUAACCUGCAACAAGGGCUGAGGCGUGCAGUCUUUCUCUGCAGACCCACACCGGUACACAGAGGACGAAGCAGGGAGAGGAAAGUGCAUCCAAACCGCAAUGGGGACGAGCUGAACCGCAGACACGAGACAGGCUCGACUGUUUUUAUUCUGUGCGCGUGCUGUUUGAAAGAGCAACGUUUAGUCCUCGAGGCGACAGAGACGUUGGAAGCUGCUAACGGACGGAGACGGCGGAGGUUACCUGAAUACCUGCAGUGUUUCACACCGACGUUAGCUCGGACAGAGACGGGACUCGGAGACCACCACACGGGACAGGAGAAAGUUUCUCAAGCUUAGCGCCACCUUAGCGGCUAAACAAUGUGGCUGACCCCGACAAAGUCCGUAUCGUCGUCGGUUGCCCUGCUAAUCCUGCUGGUCGUCCGCUGGUCCCACAGUGUUUUAAUCUCUCCCCAAGAGGCGAACCAGUUUUUGAGAAGACACAGGCGAGCAAAUCAAGUUUUUGAGGAGACGAAGCAAGGGCACUUGGAGAGAGAGUGUGUGGAGGAAAGGUGCACCAAGGAGGAGGCUAGAGAGAUUUUUGAAAACGACCCAGAGACGGACUACUUCUAUCCCAAGUACACGGGCUGUGUGGAGAAAUUUGGGGAUUCUGAAAAGAAAAAGCAGGAUCUGAUCACAUGUGUGCAUAACAUUCCAGACCAGUGCUCUCCUUCUCCUUGCAAUGCCAGAGGUACGGUGCGCUGCGAGGACAAAAAGGGCGAUUUCCACUGUCACUGCUUUACAGGCUGGACAGGAGCCAAUUGUGAGAAAGAUGUCAACGAGUGCACCAGAAAUAAUGGAGGUUGUGAACAUAAGUGCAACAACACUAUUGGAAGCUACCGCUGCUCCUGUCAUGAUGGCUUCAUGCUGGUGGGUCGCCACAUGUGUAAUGAUAUCGACGAGUGUGAGGAUGCAAGCGUGUGCGGAACAGCUCUCUGUCAGAAUAACAAGGGCAGCUAUGACUGCUUGUGUGAGGACGGCUACGUCUACGACAACAAAAGCAAAAGCUGCGUUGAUGUGGAUGAGUGCCAGUCUGGCGUUUGCCAGGAGGAGUGUUUGAACAUUCCCGGGAGUUUCCGUUGCUUCUGUGACGGUCGUCAGGGCAGGAAGCUGGGUCGUGAUCUGAGGAGCUGUAAGCCUAUAACGCCGUGUAUAACGCCUUCCCUGAAGAGAAAUCCUCGUUCUCUUUAUUUGGGUCGCAUGUUCAGCGCCGUGCCCGUGGUGCGGCUGCGUUUCCGCCGCAGGGUCCACACCGGUUUCUCUGCAGAGUUUGACUUCCGCACCUUCGAUGGUGAGGGGGUGAUCUUCUUCGCAGGAGGCCACCUCAACAGCUCCUGGAUUGUCCUCGCAAUGCAUCAGGGGAAACUGGAGCUGCAGCUCAAGUACGGCGCCGUCAGCAGAGUCACCAGCAGCGGGCCCCUCGUCAACGACGGCCAGUGGAGAAAGAUCUCAGUGGAGGAGCAGGGCAGGAGUCUGGUGAUAAAGAUCGACAGGGAGGCUGUGAUGAAGAUCGCUGUAAACGGCGACCUGUUCACGCUGAAGAAAGGCAUGCACGAACUUAACCUCACUGUCGGAGGAGUUCCUUUCAGGGAGGACGGCCUCGUCAAUCAGAUAAAUCCCCGUCUGGACGGCUGCAUGAUGGAGUGGCGCUGGCUGACGGGUGAAGACACCUCAAUCCAAGAAACUAUUCGGUCCAACGACAACAUGCAGUGUUUCAGCUCUGAGGCUCCUGGAGCGUAUUACCCUGGAUCAGGCUUCGCUCUCUUCAACAUCAGCUAUGAGUCCAAGAACAUGAGCAUCCAGAUGACCCUGCGCCCACUUUCUGGUAUCGGAGUGCUGUUUGCGCUGGUUCACCAGGACAAAGUGCCUCUCUCUAUCGCUCUGUCUGACUACAAUCCCACCACAGAAGAGUGGAGAGAUUUCAUCCUGGUUUCUGUAGGUGACGUGGUUAUCGCCAGCUCUCCUGCACCCCUCUGCGACGGCGAGAGCCACAACAUCCAGGUGACCAUCUCAGGUAACCAGACUCUCCUUCUGGUCGACGGUCAGCCUGGACGAAGCGAAGAAUCAGAAUACACCACAGACGUCUUCUCACAUUCGAGCACCUUUAUAGGAGGUCUCCCAGACGUCUCCCUGGUGUCCACGCUGGUGUCGGCGGCCUACAGCGGCUGCUUGGAAGUCGCAGUGAACGGACAGUCUCUGGACCUGGACAAGGCCAUCCACAAACACAACGACAUCCGUUCUCACUCCUGCCCCCUGCUGAACUCUCAGCUGUGACACAAAGCGGUCUAUAAGUAGGUCUUUGACUUGAUGGGGGUGGGGAGAAAAUGUCCACUAAAAUUCCAAAAGCUUUGACUCAUUGGGAGAUAGCUUAGAUUGAAAAAAAAAAAAAACCCCCUUUUUUUUUUUUUUUUUUUUUUUAAUUGACACUGCUACAUAAAUUGCUGGAGAUUUCUACCCCAGCAUGUCAGGUGGCAACUGAGCAGGAAAAUCCAUAAAACCCAGCAAAUACAUGGCAAUACAUUUUGUAUUUUAUGUCAGCUGCCAACGUAUUACAGGCUCAUUAGCCCAUAAAAACACAGCAGACGAUUUCCAAAGCAGUGUUAAAUGGUUAGAGCCUGUCUGGUCGGAGUUCUACACAUCCUACCUUUGUUGAAAUACAGAUUUAUUUUAAUGUCUUUGCUGGCAUUUCCAAAACUUGAUUAAAGGGAGUGCUAACAAA